AUGGCGGAAACAGGAAAAGAAGGAGAACUUACCUUGACAUCCUCCAGAGACGAAAAGAUAACACAUGAACAGCCAGCAGGUGAAGAUCCGACUCCUAAAGCUACACCAACCCCAAACCCUGUUCCGGAUGGCGGCACAACUGCUUGGUUGACUGUUUUGGGUUGCUUCUUAGCAUUCUUAGCAUCUUUUGGAUUCGUUACUGGUUUUGGUGUUUUUCAAGCUUAUUAUGAAUCCGUUUUACCCGGUAGAAGUUCGGACGAUAUUAGUUGGAUAGGUUCUUUUCAACUUUGGUGUAUUACAGGAAUGGCCAUACCAAGUGUGAUCUUGAAUGCUCAUGUUGGACCUCAUUGCACUUUAGCAAUCGGAACGUUCUUUACCGUUUUUGGUGUAAUGAUGGCAAGUAUCUCCAAGAAAUAUUAUCAAUUUUUAUUGUCUCAUGGCGUUUGUACGGGAAUAGGAAUCGGUUUAACGUUUUUACCAAUCGUUGGAUUACCAAACCAAUGGUUUAGCAAAAAGCGUGGCUUGGCCGUGGGAAUAGCCCUAGGAGGUUCAUCGGUUGGCGGGGUCAUAUGGCCAGUAAUGGUGAAUCAGAUGAUCAAUCACGAUGGUGUCGGAUAUCCUUGGACGAUGAGAGCGAUUGGUUUUAUUCAAUUAGCAACGAUGGGUACAGCAAUCGCACUGAUUCGAUCUAACGUACCAAGAAAUAAAGCUGUCAAAUUGAGCUCUUUCCAUACACCCCUCAUGAUGGCCGUCAAGAGCGUAGGCGUGGUAACCUUUGCUUUCGCCUUGCUUUUGCACUUUUUUGGAAUUUAUAUUCCAUACUUUUAUGCUUCUGUUUAUGCACAAGCAAUCGGAGCUUCUUCGUAUACGGCCUUUUACGUUUCAGCUGUCCUUAAUGCUGCCACAUUCUUUGGUCGUUUCGUGAUGGGAAGUUUAUCGGAUAAAUUUGGACAUGGAAACACUCUUUUGCUUACCGUGUUUAUCAGUUCAAUGCUAGCUUUCGCAUGGCAAGGCGUAAAGAGUAAUGCCGGCAUCUUUGUUUGGGUCAUCUUUUAUGGUUGGUUUAGCGGAGCAAGUGUUUCGAUGCAAAGUCCAGCUAUCAUUCCACUCGUGCCGGAACCCAAGCUUCGAUUGAUGGGUCCGUAUAUUGCUAUCCUUUGUCAAUUUAGCUCUUUCGGUAGCUUAGGUGGACCGCCAAUCGCCGGAAGACUGCUUCGAAAUCGACUUGGAUCACAUCCCGAUCUACUUACCACACCUGAAGAUUUCCACCCGAUGAUGUGGUUUACCGGUACAAUAUUAUUAGCUGCGGGCAUAUUAUAUUAUUUGGCUAGAUUGACGUAUCAACGGAAUUUCUUGGCAAAAGCCUAA